AUGUCUUUUUAUAGAGAAAGAAUGAGCAGCGGUUUAGAUAUUAAAAAUGAAGAGUUGUAUGGUGGUGUUGGUGAUGGGGGUGUAGUUGGUUUCCACUGUUUUUCUUGUUGGAACAUCACAUCAAAGAUGUCGGAAGACGAAAUAUAUGAUGACUACGAUGUCGAUGACGACUCUGCAGAGGAAUCUGGAAAUGAAUCGGCUGACAAUGAAGAGAUGGACUACGAGUACAGCACUCAAGAGAUUGACUUUGAUGAUAUACACUCCUCUAACCGAUCGAUAGGGAAACUGACAAGACAAAAGAGUUUCGAAGUCUUGGAUAGAAGUGAAUUGGUUUCCGAAUCUCGCAAGCUAAUCAAAGAGGUAAUGGAUGUACUCUCUAUCCCAUCAGAGGCUGCCGUAUCUAUUUUGCUAAGACACAUGAAAUGGAAUAAAGAAAAGUUAAUUGAACGAUUUAUGGAUAAUCAAGAUAAAUUAUGUAGUGAUGCAGGUAUUCCCAAUCUCCGUUUGGACAAAGCAGUCGAUAAAUCACUUCAAAAGUUCAGUUGUUUGAUCUGUCUCGAAGAUUUUCCACCCAGUCAAACAUUUGCGCUGUCGUGCGAUCACAGAUAUUGUCUUGCCUGUUGGAAGUUGUAUUUGGAGUGCAAGAUUGGCGAGGGUCCCGAGUGCAUCUACUCGACCUGUCCCGCACCGAAAUGUAAAGUAAAAGUUCACGAAGAUGCCUUUAAGAAAUUGAUCGAAUCCGUCGCCUACGAAAAAUAUUCAAACUUUAUCCUCAAGUCCUACGUAGACGACAACCCGCAAGUCAAGUGGUGUCCGGCACCAGGAUGUGUAUAUUCAGUGCGUUGCGACCGCAAGGAGAGAAAGGAGGCCGUAACAUGCAAGUGUGGCUUCCAAUACUGUUUCAACUGUAACGACUCUGAAAUCGGUGAUCACAUGCCAUGCCCUUGCAGUCAAGUUGACAAAUGGCUGCAGAAAGCUUCCGAUGAAUCCGAAAAUGUAACUUGGAUGUUGGCAAACACUAAAAAAUGCCCAGAGUGUAGAUCACCCAUUGAAAAGAAUGGAGGUUGUAUGCAUAUGACCUGUCGUAAGAAUGCAGGUGGUUGUGGUUUUGAAUUCUGUUGGUUGUGCAGAGGACCAUGGUCCGAUCACGGUUCCGCCACAGGUGGAUACUACAACUGUAACAAAUACGAUAAAUCAAAAGCUAAAGAGGAUGAUGAAAAGGCAAACGAUGCAAAGACAGAGUUGGAGGCAUACAUGUUUUACUAUCACAGAUAUGAGUCUCAUAAGAAUGCUAUGAAAAUCGCUGACGAACAAAGAAGAAACGCUCAUCAAAAAGAACAACAAAUCCUAUCAAAGUUUGAUGUUAGAUCCGCCGACACAAAGUUCUUGAUGGAAGCAACUGAACAAUUGUUGAGAAAUCGUAGAGUUCUCCAAUACUCAUAUGUUUAUGGAUACUAUUUGGACAAGAAAUCAAAUGAGAGAAAUCUAUUUGAAUAUCUACAGGAGGAUCUCGAAAAGCACACCAAUCAAUUGUCAACCUAUUAUGAGUUGAGUCUUGACAAGUUGGACGAUUAUCAAGCAUUUAUCAAGUGGAAGGAGCAAGUAACAAACUAUACUAGAAUAACCAAGAAGUUCUUGGAUCAUUUUGUCGAAGGUGUAGCAGGUGGUCUGACUGGUUCUCACCAUAAUAAUUAA